AUGAGGGUUGAUGCCAUCCGUGAUUUCGCACCGGGGGUAAAGAAGUUUGUUCUCUGCCUUCUCUGUUUGAAGGUCAUUGCAAUCGCUCUCAUGAUCAACGUCGCUGUUGCCUUUGCCUUGGCAGUCGCCAUGGCUGCUUCCCUCAUCAAGAUCUACCAGAUAAACCCUGAGCCGGUGCUCCUCCUGUUUAUGCACACGAUCAUUAGUGGAUCGAUGCUGUACGAUCCCAUAACCACAUUCGCCAUCAUCACAGCUCUCCUGUCAGCCAUCGCCACCUUCAGGGACUACGAGCUGCCCAAGGAGCGGGUUGCCGUCUUCGUUCUGUCCAUCGUCACUACGGCCUUUUUCGGGACAAUCGUAGCUGCUGUGGCAAGUGUUAUUAUCGGAAUAGCCAUCAUCUUCUUCAAGCUCCGCCCCGUCGACCCCCCAACCUUAGCUCUGAUGGCGCUUGGUUCCCUGGCCUUGACCUUACUUGCCAGUAAGGUCGCUGGCUCUAUAGUCAUUGUCAUUUUCAUGGCUGCACUAACGGCGCUUUUCGCAAUCAAUAAGCUAAACCAGAAGCUGGAUCUGCAGCAGACAGACCCCCUGGAUUCGACCAGAAGUAAGAUCUCCCAUCCAAACGGGUACCUGGCCCUAAGCAACAUCACGGAGAGCCUUGACCUGCACGGUCACACGGUGACGGGGGCCAUGAAGGUGAUGCACGAGUUCUUGAGGGAGCAUGAAGAUGAAUACCGGAAGAACCGAGCGCAGCACGUUCGUCACGUGACCAUCAUCACGGGAGAAGGUAACCAUAGCGACCCGCACGAUUCAGCCAAUCUGGUGAAGCCCACAGUUGUGAACUUCCUCAAGAUCAAUAAAUAUAAGUAUGAGGUGUCCAGUGACUGUCCAGGUCUGAUCAAGGUUGACUUAGAAUCUCACAUCUUCUAG